AUGAAGGACUCGGCCUACAGAUACUUUGCAGGCACUCCUGCUUUUGCUCCUCCUGAGUGGUUUCGGCAUCAUCGCUAUCAUGCCUCUCCACUGACAGUCUGGUCCAUCGGCGUGACUCUCUACAACAUCCUGUGCGACUGUUUCCCCUUCAGAGGCACACGGACGGUCACGUCCAAAAGCAGACUGCACUUCCCGAGGAAGCUGUCGACAGAGUGCCGUCAGCUGAUUCGCUGGUGUCUCAGUGCAGCGCCAGCAGAUCGGCCCAGUUUAGAUGACAUUGAGCGCCACCCCUGGUUGCAACUCUGUGUGGAUGCUGGAGGAGCUGAAGAUGCAGCACCAGCUGAAACCAGAGCCACGACGACACACAUCAGCCAGUCUAAAGCAGACAGAUGUGGAAAAAUUAGAACAGAGUAUUUUGUUUUUAUCCAUUCUUUCUCCAACAGGUGUUCCUCCUCAGAAUGCCCAAUGCAUCAGGCAUCUAAAGAUCACACGAAGAAAGCUCCAGAUGUACCUGCACAUCAGGACAGGGCUUGUGAAUUUGUGGAGUGUCCUAUGAGAGCUGCCAAUGGGACAAAACCCACACUGUCUGACAUCAAUCCAGCCAACAUGAUGCCUCCACCUAACCAGCAGCCUUCAGCUGAUCAGCCCUUUCCCCUGUCAGUUGUAAGAGAGGAAUCCACCAUUCCCCGUGCUGGAGCUGAGCGGAACUGGGUUUAUCCCUCAGAGCAGAUGUUCUGGAAUGCCAUGCUGAGGAAAGGAUGGCGCUGGAACAAAGGUGACAUAAACCAGAACGAUAUGGGGGACAUCAUCAAGAUUCACAAUCAGAAUAAUGAACAAGCCUGGCAAGAAAUCCUGAGAUGGGAGAAACUCCAUUCAAAGUAAGUGAGGUGUUUAAAUGGGGUGUUUGA